CACUGACCAUCUAUGCCUUGCUACUUUUCGAGAUCGAGACAGGCGCAGCAGCCGCUUCCAUCCUCGGCUCUGGCGCCCUGGUUCUGGUGGCUGUGCUGACCCACACUCUCCUCCGGGCUGCUCGGGCCACCUGCCGUGGGCUCCACGAGUUGUCCCCACCAUCCUUUGAAGAUGACCUCACCCGCCCUGCUGAAGUCUCCAAGGCCAGCCCCAGAGCUCAGCCUCAGCAGGGUAUCCAUCGUCGGACCCCCUAUUCAAUCUGUCCAGAGCCUGGGGACCCCUUUGUGUCCAUGGCCACUGCCACAGCACCUGCAGCCCUGGGGGGAGGCUGGGAGAGCAGCCUGCCUGCAACCCGAAUGCACCGGACACUGUCUGGCCUGGGGCACUGGGAUGGGGUUACCCAUGAGAUGCGUCGAAUGCUAGGCCAUAGACCAGGGAGCAUGGGGAAGGACUCUACACUGGUGUGA